UCAGGUCUGACAAAAUGUGGAGAACUCUAGUAGGGAAAUUUCAGCCCCUCCCAGCCUCGACAAAUAAUGAAUCACAAAAUGAACGAGAUCUAGAGAAGAAUUGGGAUGAACGCGACACAACUGGAGUUGCUGGCAUGCCGGAUAACGCGGCAUCUCAUUCAGAAAUAACACAAUUGCGCACAGCAUUUUUUACUUGCAUGGAAGCAGCGGAAGAAGAGAGGCUUCAACUAUUCCAGACAGCGCUGCAAUUAUUUGUUUCGAUCUUUGGACGUCAGGUAUCGGGACAGUUGGUCGCUGAAAGCAUUCAUGAUGUUAAAGCCUUUGUUGCAAUGGCAGCUACCCAACUAGUUCAAGCGCUUCGUUCAGUAGCAGAGCGUGACUUGACGGACGAUAGAACGAGUGCUGAGUAUAUGAGAGUACUUCGUAAGACAGAGACAUUUAAUGCACUGAAAGCAAUCGAUAUUUUAUCGAAAGCACCGGAUAACUUGCUUUCAAUCUUGGUUCAAAACAAGGUACACACUAACCUAUUGGAGGUGUUUUUGGCAUUUGUCAAGUUUCCCUCACAAGAAUUUGACGCAACCAUGAACCAGAAUGUGGCAUCUAUUUUGGUUGUCUCUACUCUUACCAAUGGACUCAAGAGGCUCUUAUGGAGAAAACCUGUUAUAUCUGUUCUUAUUGAAAGCGAUGAACUCUACGGCCUGUUUGAAGCAUUGGUCAUCCAACGAAGUAGUAACCUUGGUGGAGACCCAGCAGAGCUAUACAUCUGGAAAGCUCGAGUCAUGGAUGUGGUAGACUAUGUAGUGGAGACAACAGAGACCGAUGUGAUGCCAUACCUGCAUUCUAAGGACUGUGCUAAAUUACUCACUGAUGCAUUGAAAGAAUAUCUUGUUGAUGGAAGUAUCGACUCUGUACAUCGAGAAGAGGGUAUUUUAAUCUUGCGAAUCAUCGUUAAAUUAAUCAAGAAAUCAUCAUUGAUGUCAAGUGUACUAUUGGAUGACUUCAAAGAAAACAAGAUAUAUGAGACCCUUGCGAUGCUUCUUGUGUCUCCUCCAUUUGAUGAAGACAUGCUCACAUUCAAGUAUACUAUUAUAUCUCUAAUCGAAGAGCUGGCAUUUAUUGACAAAGAAGCAUUGACACCACCCGAUGAAGGCACACCAUACCAACACCAAGAUUUCGUUUUUCCUGUAGUAGGCCCUGAACAUGCUGGCGCUGUAGUGCGAAAUAUGGUAGCUUGCCAAGUCCUGUUGACGGCCCUCUUAUACCCUGACAUUUCCAACAUGACUCUCUUACCUGCCGGUAAUAAGGAGCAUGCUGUACCUCCAACCCAAUUUUCGCUCACAGUUUUUUCGACCCUUCUAUCCAUUAUUCGAGAUCAUCCUAUGAACUAUUUCUUACUGGAGCGUCUCAACAUACUCUCUUAUGCUAUCGAGCGUCUUGACACUUACCAUUCAGAACUUCAGUCCUCCGUCAUGGAACUGUUUACAUAUGUACUUAAGGAUUUGAACUAUGUCCCAUUCAGAGACCUUGUUAUCAUGUCUAUUCACUUCCAAGGGACAUCAUCACCAAGGACCACAGCUCUUGUGUGCAAUACCGUUGCUAGUCUGCUGCAAACGACCUCUGGGUUCAAGGAUGUCCUGCGUGAGGUGGGAUUGAUCGAUGUGUUCUGUAAUAUGCUCGAAGAGCUUUCAGUAGUGCUUAGAGAGACGUUUGGAAAUCCACAGUUCAACAAUCGUAUCUCAGUCAUCGAUUUUGGAAAGGCUUUUAAACCAGAAGCUAAGCCACGGAAAUAUGGGAUUGAAGUAGUUCAUCACUUCAAUAGUAUUAUGGGUUGUCUGGUAGAGUUGCUCCGUGGGAGCAGAAGUAACAUCACACUUUUUCAAACCACAUUUAAGGGCGAUUUAUUUUCGCUUCUGCAUUACAACGAAACUAGAGAUGGGAUUCUGCGAGUUAUUGCUGUGCUUGUGGUGGAGAGCUACCGGUUCUUCCUGGAGGACAAGGAAGCAUCUCUACUCAAGUCUUCACCAAGGAAUUCCUCUGGACCCUCAGCACAAAAAACACUGACUGCCCCUUAUCAACUCACUCAAUUAUGCGAAAUUCUGCAAAGUGUAAAUCGCUAUGACUUUAAAAUGAAGCUGGCGAUCCUCAAUUCGCUCAACGAAGUGUUUUUGGAAUGCCCAGAGCUUAAGGAUGUCUUCAGAGAAGGUGGAGGGUACGUCUCAAUUGUCUCCCUGUUGAUCCGACUUGAAGAUGCAUAUCCGGUGAUCGAGAGAUACGAUAAUCUCAAUCUGCCGAAGAGGAAGCAGCGACGUGAUCCUCAGACAAACGAGCGGAUUCCAACGAAAGCUGACAUGCUCGACCUUUUCACUAUGGUGUUCUCUGUACUUUCAGAAUCUAUGCGCGACCAUGCAGGAAAUAGCAACUACUUUGAAGAGCACAUUGGGUUCGGAUCAUUGGCAGAUGCGCUCCAAUUAACAGGUGUAUUUGGUCCCAAUGGCGAUGCAGCCAGAAUGCUCGGUAUUUUAUUCGCAUUUGCUACCCAGAACGAAUCCGUACUUCACAUUUUCGACGACCCCUUAGAAAUUGAGCAGACGCCAGAAGUGGUGGCGAAAUGGCUCAAUAGCCCCAAAAAUUGCGUCCAAAACCCACACGUUGUCUUAGGCAUUUGGAGAAUAUGCAUGAGUCUACAAGAUCAAGAACCACUUGCCUUUUGUGGGAUGAUGUCAUUAUUCGCUUUGUCAUGUGCCAAUAGAAGGAAUCAGGUGUUGAUGGGACAGACGGUUCUACUAGACGAGUUGCUGAAGACGUUGUUUGACGAUCCUCCUUCAGCGGUUCGAAUCAGCGGUAAUACUUCCUUGGAAGAGGGAAGCGCCAUGCGCGAUAUUAUGUGCAGACUAGCGAAGCGACUGAUUGAGAUGGGCAUGUCAUCGGUUGGAUUCCGGUAUCUCAUGGAGAAGUUUAGCGCCACCAAAGAAAUCUCAUUUGGAGAAUGCUCAGGUUUGCUAGAUAUGCUCCUUCAUGGCGUAACACAUUCAAGAUGGCCAAGUUUCGUGCAGUUCGAUGGGCACAGUCGUCUAGAUCUACGAUCUCUUGGUUCCCACAGCUUCCCCCCAACUAAUGGAUACACUUUCUUAGGCUGGCUUUGCAUUGAAUCAUUCGACGAAGAGCUCGCAAUUCAAAUCCUUGAAAUUUCAGAUGAAGAUCAGCGAUGCUACCUUAGUAUCCAAAUCGAGCCGGAGACCCACAGGCUUGUCGUGAGUGUUUCACAUCACCAUUCCGUGUCCUUUAACUUUUCUUUCGAGAUUGGACGCUGGUAUCAUCUUGCUCUCGUUCAUGCUAAGCCGAAGCUCACUAUUCCCGGAGGAUCUCUCUCUGUUUACAUUGAUGGUAUCCUCGGCGAUAAAAUUAAAUGUGGAUAUCUCUCAUCACCCAGUGGAGAAGUCAAAGGCUAUCUUGGUCGCAAUCAAAAACCAAAAUCGCCGCUCAAGAAGGAAGGUUCAACUCUUUCCUGGAACCUUGGACCAUGUUACCUUGUCGCGGAGCCAUUGGAUGAGCAGAUUAUGGAUGUUCUAUAUAAUUUGAGCCCUCGUUACCAUGGCAACUUUCAAGACUCGCUUGGGAAAUUUCAGACAUAUGAGACAUCAACUGCUUUGAACAUCAAUCUCGAUGAGGCUCGACGUCGAUCAUUACCAAGCAGUCGCAGUCAUGAGGAGCAAGCUGCAUUAAUGAAUGCGAUUCGUGGUACAAUUGGAAAUAGUAUUCCUGAAGACAAGCUCAUAUUUGCAUUUUCUGGCGGAAACUUGCUGAACUCGGCGGAUACAAGGACUGUAGGGGCACUUGCAGGUAUUCAACAAAGAGAGCAGUUUUAUAGGAUCCUCUUUAAUUCUGCGAUCCCUCGAAUUCAUCGUGGAAUCAACCCAUUGUCUGCCAUUGGCAUUUUGGUUGGCAACCCAUUGGUCGCUGCUCCGCGUGGAUUAGAUGACUCGAUUUGGAAGGUUGGUGGAUGUGUUGUCGCCUUGAGGAUUGUAGAAAGUGCCAAAGAUACUGCCACAUUAGAAAAGGCCGUACUUUUGCUGGACCAACUGAUUCGAUGCAGCUGGCGUAAUUCAGAAGAUAUGGAGCGAAUCUUUGGGUAUGAAAUUCUCGGAUACAUCCUCAAACAAAAGAGAGCACUCUUUUCAAUCGACAUGGUGAAUACCCUUUUGAGUGUUGUUGGCAUGGACCUGGAAUAUCCAGAUGAUUCCGUUAUUACAAAUUCGUUUGCAUUCAGGCACCUAAUGUUGGACAUGGAUAUCUGGAGAAAGACAGACAUCAACAUACAGCUCCUUCAUCUUGAACAGUUUAAAAUCUUUUUGCAGCACAGUCAUAAGUCAUCGUUGAACGUCAAACGUCUCAGCACAAUGCAUGUUGUCAAAAAGAUGCUCGCACCCCUGCGGACUGGAAACUAUCCUUCCAUCCAACUCCCUAAUUACGUGGAUGCUAUGAAAACUGUAGUUUUUAAUCAGUUUUCGACGGAAACUGUUCGAAACUUGGCCACUUUCCUUGUCUCGACUCUAAAGCAAACUAACUCCAACCGGUCGAUGUCGAUGUCAUCGCAGAGACGUCCCGAGUUGGAUCUGGAGAACACGAAGACUUCGUUAAAUGUCGAUAUUAUCAUCGAUCCAAAGGAAACGCCUGUUGGUUCCACCCUCAAGCACGCUAUCAUGGGCAAUGCCAUCAUGGAGAUGCUGGAGCACAUUUUAUGUGAACGAGGCAAUGUGGAUUAUGUUCAUAAGUUUGCCACUACGAUCACCAAUAAGUGGACUCUCCUAUUCGUCGAAAACCCUGGCAACCCUUAUGGCGCAGUCCUUGCUACGAGAAUACUGGCGAGACUGUUGUACACGCAGGGAUCUGCUUAUAUGGCUAAAUUCAAAGCAUCCUACGGGUUCUUGGUUUUGCAGUCGUAUAUUCCACAAUUCUGGAACUUGGUGCCCAUGAUUCACGUUAUGGUCUGCAUCUUGCUUGGCGUUGAUGUCUGCGAAGUCCCAUUGCGUGCGUCUAUGGAUAAUGAGACUCUUCACAACCUUUAUGGUGAUUCUAUGGAGGCUUCCGGUAGAGUUGUGUGCACUGAUGCCCUUCCCGCAUUCAUGACUAUGCUUAAGAAUGGAGUUGCAGCAGCUGUUACAUCUACAAGCAACAAACUCAGCACAGGUCAGGACCGUGCUUCUAGGGUCGUAGAAACAUAUCAGGCGCUCAUCGAGUUUUUUAUUGAGAUGCAAACCAGCUCAAGGGUUUUCCGAGAGAUAUUCACUCGGCAGGAAUUCAUUGAUGAGAUUGCGAGCAUUCUAUUCCCUUUCAUCUGCCAUAGUUCGAAAGCAAUGGUUGUGGAAGCUGAACUCGAUUAUAUUGCCUCUGAGCCUACAGUACCAGCGGGCGAGUCUUCUGCAACUAGCGUCGCUACAGCAGAUGUAGAUGUCAAUUUACAAAGUAUUCCCUCUAGCCGGAGCUCACAACAUUCUUCAGCAUCAUCCUUCGUUACUUCUGAAGCGAAGACAGUUGAAACUGAUUCUGCACUCGAUUCGGAUUCAACGCCCAUGACAAGCGCACGCUCUGUUUCGCCUACUGCCACUGCUGCAGCCGUUACAUUUCCAGCAUCUGGAAUGCAUUCCACUGCUACAUCUAGUUUUUCACUAACCGCUGCGCAGUCGGCCUCUUUACAAGUCUCACAGACGUUUUCAGAGAGCUCAUUCAGAAGGACAUCAUCGUCUACAAGUAUUGGCCGCGUCAAAGACGUGGAUUUGAAGGCUGUACAGGAACCUAUUGCUCUAUCCCUGCUUAAGCUCUUUGUGGUCAUUUGUAUCGACUCUAUACUGGAUCCUUUGCAGCGCCCCUUAGCUGUGAUUGAUUUGGCAUUGCAGUCGUGUCCACCUGCUUACAAAGAUCACCAAAUAUACUUUCAAAGCUUCUUGCUAGGGCAUGUUGUAAUUGGUUUGGAGCAAAGCAUUGAAGCACAACCAGAAGUGCUGGCUGAUAGUCGUAUAAUGGCAAAUUUGGAUCAAUUCUGCGAGCUGAUUGUAGAUUUAACGUAUCAGGGCUGGUUUGUGGGGUCGUAUCUAAUUCAGUUUGACCUUAUUGCCAAUAUCUUGGAAGCCAUCUCCCAUGAUGUUUCACUGCCCAUUCCAACUAUCCAUGCAGCACCCACCGCUCGACCCGAUGCAAUUCGAACGCAUCUCACGUCAUUAUUGUAUAGAUUAGUUUGUUUUACGCUGGGACAGUGUCAUAUCGGAACGGAGAUCCAAACAGCCAAACUUGAGGCGCUCUUAGACAAGUGUAUUUACUUCCAGAAGAUUCUAUUAAGCAGCUGCGCCGGCGAUGUCGAGUUCAUGAAGUGCUUGAUAUUGCACCUCUUCAUGUUUUUACCCGAAGCUGAACCUAAAACUAGAAACAACAUAAUGAUUUUGAUCAAACUCAUCUUCUUAAUGCGACCUGUAGAAGCCUCUGGGCUAUUAAAGCUCAAGCCAACAAACCCAAGUGAUGACGAAGACUCUGUCGAUGAGGGCUAUAGCGCACUGGUUGAAGCGAACUAUCCGGAUCUUGUGAAAUGGCGCAAUACACACACAGCGGAACUAGAUACCAUUUUUGCCGACUUCCGUAGAUUGUGGGAUGCCAUGAUGGCUGCGGAAUCGAGAGCUAGCGAGGAUUCUCAGCGUCAAAAGUAUAACCGCAGGACUCAGAAGUUGAAGCGUCUUUUCCGUCGCCAACAUUUAGAGCGCAACAUUCUACAGCAAUAUAAACUCAAAACUGUAGCUUGGACGAAAAGUAUUCAAGAGAUGGAGGAAGUCAGAUAUGCUAAAUCGCUGCAAGAUUUGGAUGACCAUGUUCGAUUUGUCAAGAACGAAUGGAAGAACCUUGUUCGUGACGUAUGCAGAAAGGGCGCAAUUUGGGAGGAUAAAGAAUCUCCCGAGAGCCAGACUCCAAUUCGUUGGAGAUUAGAUUUCACAGAGGCAAGGUCUAGAAUGAGGCGGAAAUUAAGGGUGAACGAGCGUAAGACUGAUGAACCUUAUCUUCCUAAGCAAGGCGGAUCCUCGGCCUUAAUAGAGGGUAAGACUUCAAGUAUGAGCAUCUCCAGUAAUGUCAAAUCUAGUCCGAUACCUGUUGCAAAGAGCAGGAUUGAAAAGCUUAAGGAGGCAGAUGUAGCGUCUGUGUCUUCGUUCGAUAAGAACUCGGAUAUGAAGAGUGACAACGACAAUCUUGUCGGUAAUACUACCCCGGAUAUGAGCUCAGUCAAUGGACUCAAUAACGUGAUCGAAAACAAUGAAGAGGUGGUUGCAGACAGGGAUGGCGCAGAAAACACUGAAGCUGGUCAGACUCAAGAGGCUGCGGUGGAUACUGCAGAUGUAGAUCAAGACAGAGAUGCCGAGCCUGCGUUUGAAGAAGCAGCUAAUCGCAAGAUCCUAAGACUACUUGAGGCAGGGGAUGUUGUGUACGAAGUCUAUAACAUGAGCAGAGUAACUGGUUUGGAUGCUGUUGAGGGCUUGCUCUUGCUCUGCAAGCAUAAUAUGUAUCUCAUUGACAACUACUUCCAAAAAUUGGAUGGCGAAGUCGUGGAUAUCAGUGAGGUCCCCGAAUCUGAGCGAGAUCAAUACUUACAACUUUUGGCAUCAAAUACUCCUUUAUCACAGUCUUUAUCAGACUCAUCCGAGGUUCGUCACCAAUGCAGGAAGUGGCGGUUCGAAGACAUCAAGGAGGUUCAUCGUCGUCGAUAUUUGCUGCGAAAUGUUGCACUUGAGUUGUUUUUUGUGGAUGGACGUAACUACUUAAUCAACCUCAACCUGCACCAGCGUGAUCUUGUCUACAAUCAGCUCGCCAGCCGAGUAGGAUCGUUGGCAACUAACAACCUUCAAAUGGGGGAUCGUUCUGCCAUGGUGGAACCCAAUAGCAACCCCAAUCAGAACCAGUCAUCAUUGGGAUCUAAACUUGCUAAUAUUUUUGCGCCUCCUUCGAUUGCCGAUAUUACAACCAGAUGGGAAAGGCACGAGAUUUCUAAUUUUCAAUACUUGAUGCACCUUAAUACCAUGGCAGGACGCACUUAUAACGAUCUUACCCAAUACCCAGUCUUCCCCUGGAUCUUGGCAGACUACACAAGUGAAGAGCUCGAUCUAACAAAUCCAAAAACUUUCCGUGAUUUGUCACGGCCCAUGGGCGCUCAGACUCCAGACCGUGAAAAAGAGUUUAAUGACCGCUAUCAUACUUGGGAUGGAGGUGAUGAUCAUACGCCGCCUUUCCAUUAUGGGACGCAUUACUCAUCUGCAAUGAUUGUAUGUUCUUACUUGAUUCGCCUCGAGCCGUUUACACAGGAAUAUCUGAAACUUCAAGGUGGACAGUUUGACCACGCGGACCGAUUAUUUCACUCAAUUGGCAAAUCUUGGAUCUCCGCCUCACAGAAGACCAUGUCUGAUGUACGGGAGUUGAUUCCAGAGUUCUUCUAUCUGCCGGAGUUCUUGUUGAACACAAAUGAGUUUAAUUUCGGUAGUCUGCAAACGACGGGAGAGCAAAUCGAUCACGUCAAACUGCCGCCCUGGGCUAAAGAUGAUCCCAAGAUCUUUAUAGCAAAGCAUCGUGAAGCACUUGAGUGUGAUUAUGUUUCUGCACACUUGCAUGAAUGGAUUGACUUGAUCUUUGGAUACAAACAACAGGGGCCUGAGUCUGUUCGUGCUGUAAAUGUAUUCCAUCACAUGUCUUAUGAAGGUGCAAUUGACCUUGAUACAAUCGACGAUCACAUUCAGAAGUCAGCUACGAUUGGAAUCAUUCAUAAUUUUGGCCAGACUCCUCGACAGCUAUUCAAAAAGCCACAUGGACCGCGUCUUCCUCCAAACCGAGAUCCUCUGAGCCCGAAUUACUACUCCAUAGUGAACCAUGCAGAGUAUUUAACUCAGUCAGUGGUUCCAGUCAAAGAUAUUGGUUUGCCGGUGGGAGAGAUCAUUUAUCAAGGUGACAAGGCUUUCGUUGGCCAUUCACAACGUGCAUAUGAGCCUUAUGCCUGUAGUAAAUAUGUUGAGUGGGGCUUUUCAGACAACUCUGUACGCUUAUACUUGACAGAGACGAAUAAGACUCUUGGAAUAUUUGAAAACCUGCAUUUGGAGGCCAUUACCUGUGUGAAAUGGGCGGAUGAUCGCACCAUAGUCACAACCUCUCGGGACACUGUCGUCUGCAUCUGGAGAAUCGUUCAUUCCCGCUCUUACGAGCUCAAGUUGAUGAAAUGUUUGCGGGGCCAUCGUGAGACAGUUCACACAGUGGCAGUCUCGGUGGCAUAUUCGAUUAUUGUAUCUGGGUCUGAAGACAAAUCAUGCAUUGUUUGGGAUUUAAAUCGACUUGAAUACGUCCGGCAGUUGGGCAAGCAUGAAGAUGGGGUCCGUGUAGUGGCUAUUAAUGACGCUACAGGAGAUAUUGCUACGUGUUCAGGGCCAGUGUUGAGACUGUGGACAGUCAACGGCGAUCUGAUUCUUCAAAAAUACGCCACUCAGAUAGGAGACCCUAUCCUGGACUGUGUGUUUUAUGCAGGAAGGACUGGUGAGUGGGUGCCUCGGGAUAUAAUUUUUACGAGCCACCGGCGUGGCACGAUCAAAAUUUGGGAGAAGGCUGUGAUGGACGCUGACCAUCAGAGAAGCUCAUACCAGUCAGCAGUAGGAGGUAUUUCUGAGAAGAUCACCGGGGAUAAUGAAAAAUCCCUUUCUGGGGGCACAGUUAUGAACCCGCCUUUAUCAAACACAGAGUCUAAUGUCCUGAAUACAAGUGCUACGUUGCAAUCCUCAAAUGCGCCCGAAGAGUCCGCUGCAAACAGCACUGAAACUUCCUUUGCUGCUGGUGAAAACGUGAGCAUGGGAUUUGUACCGACAUUGCCUAAUACUUUGGCUGGGGAGGAGUCCGCAUCACCCACCGGGUCUAGAUCCAGGCAAUCAUCACAUACAACAACAGGUAGCACCAUUGGAAUAACUUCUCAGUCACAUAGAGGGCAACGCACUGCAAAAUGGACAUUGCGACUACGACAGGCAUAUGUUUACGAGGAUCGCCUGAGAGUUGAUAAUGGCGUUGUUCCCAACAUUGUAUCACUAUAUGUUUCAAGUACUAGGCGUGCUCUCUAUAGUGGCGAUUCACUUGGGCGUAUUUUCGUAUGGGUAUUACCAGACGGAAGUGGUUGCACACAUUGGAUGCAACCAGGACGUGAUAGUGUCUGUGUGAAUUGUCAGACUCGUUUCCCAUUGCUUGAACGCAAGUUCAACUGCAAGACAUGCGGUGGGAUAUUUUGUGGAACCUGUACAUUUGUUCCCCUCUCAGGCUUUGCAGAGAAGCAAGCACGCUUCUGUUUUAAAUGUUCUGGUGGCAAACUGAAGGAAUUGAUGGGUUGAAAAAGGAAUUAGAUUUGUCAAUAAAAAUGUGUAU